GUAAUCAACGUUUGAUCCGCUUGGUUGUCAUUUGAAUAGACUCAGAGCAUCCCGGUGGGGCUCGCCUUGGUGCGCCUUGGGGACCGCGCAGGCCGGCGGCGUUGGCGCGCACCUGCGGGCGGUUCCUCCUCCUCCAAGCCGCCGCCUGUUUACGGCGCUGACCUCGGCGCGCUGGAGCUGUAGAAGGCGCAGGAGGGGAAGGAGCAGGAAGAUAAGGAGGUCGAGGAGUCCCCCCACCCCGAAUGCCAGGGCCAAGCCCGCCGCUUAGCUUUCGUUUCCUGAUCGCCCUACCCGGCCUCUCCAAGGUGGUUUCGCUCUGGCUGUCUCGGAGGGCGGGCCCAGGAGGUGCCCAUGGCCUUCGCCCGCCGCCCCGGCUGCCUGCUCGGACGCGACUCGGGACCGCUGCGCCGGGUCUGCUCUCGAACCAUGGCGCUCCCCUGCUUCGUGCUGGAGCUUCCCGGGUGCACGCUGGCUCACUUUGCCUUGGGCGGGGACGUCGCCCCCCACCUCUCCAACGUCCAGGACUCGCGCGGUGACCCCCGCUUGGCCGCGCUCCUGGAGCCUCCCGGGCGCAGCUACUCGCUGUGCGUCCCGGUGGCACCGGACGGGAGUUGCGCGGCCCGGGUGCGGGCGGCCAAAUUGCACCAGCGCCUGCUGCACCAGCUGCGCCACGACGGACCCUUCCAGCGGUGCCAACUGCGCCGGCUGCUGGGCUACUGCCCGGAGGGCGGCGGCGUGCAGCACGGAGUCCUACUGCACGACCCACGCGACAGUCCCGACACCCGGCGUGCGCUCCACGCGCUCUUGGACACGUGCCAGGAGGCCCCCAGCCCUCCUCGCCUGGGAGAAUUCACUGGUGAUUCAAGCCAUCAAGUGUGGCAGCGCCUGUGGGAGCUGCGGGAUGGCCAGGGCUGGCAUCUGGCGGAUGGCCAACGUGUCCUGCCUGUCCCGGAGCCCGCGCUGCACCCCGUGGUGCCCGACCUGCCCAGUUCGGGGGUUUUUCCCGACCGUGAAGCCGCGUGUGCCGUUUUGGAGGCGUGCACAUCCUUCAUUCCUGAAGCUCGAGCUGUGCUUGACCUGGUGGAUAUGUGCCCAGAUCAGACCCAGAAAGGAAGGUUCCCUGUCAUUGUUAUCGAAGGACUGGAUGCCACAGGUAAAACCACUGUAACCCAGUCAGUUUCAGAUUCACUCAAGGCUGUUCUCCUAAAGUCACCACCGGCUUACAUUGGCCAGUGGAGGAAAAUCUUUGAUGAUGAGCCAACAAUCAUUAGAAGAGCUUUCUACUCAUUGGGCAAUUAUAUUGUGGCUUCUGAAAUAGCUAAAGCAUCUACCAAAUCUCCUGUGAUUGUAGACAGGUAUUGGCAUAGCACAGCCACUUAUGCCAUUGCCACUGAGGUGAGUGGAGGUGUCCAGCACCUGCCUCCACCCCAUCACCCAAUAUACCAAUGGCCCAGAGACCUACUCAAACCUGACCUGGUGCUAUUGCUCACUGUGAGUCCUGAGGAGCGAUUGCAGAGGCUAGAGGGCCGAGGCAUGGAGAAGACCAAAGAGGAAGCUGAACUGGAGACCAACAGCAUAUUUCGGCAAAAGGUAGAAAUCUCCUACAGGCGGAUGGAAAACCCUGCCUGCCAUGUGGUCGAUGCCAGCCCUGCAAGAGAAAAAGUUCUACAGAAUGUAUUAAACAUAAUCCAAAAUAAUUGUGACUAAUUAUUACAUUGCAACAGUAAUUGUAAUUGUAAUAGAGUUACCCAAACCAGGUGACAUGUUU